UGCAGAAAGCUAAGAUGUUAACAGUUGAAUGGGAGUCUGAAGGACUGCAGACUGUUGGUAUCGUUAUGAUUAUUUGUGCAUCUCUGAAGUUGCUCCAUCUGUUGGGACUGAUUGACUUUUCAGAAGAUAAUGUUGAAGAUGAAAUGGAAUUGGCUACAGUACGACAUCGGCCUGAGGCGCUUGAAUUGCUGGAAGCACAGACUAAGUUUACAAAGAAGGAGCUUCAAAUUCUCUACAGAGGAUUCAAGAACGAAUGUCCAAGUGGAAUUGUAAAUGAAGAGACUUUUAAAGAUAUUUACGCUCAGUUCUUUCCACAUGGUGAUGCUUCGACUUAUGCACACUUUCUGUUUAAUGCAUUUGAUACAGACCACAAUGGAUCUGUCAGUUUUGAGGACUUUGUUAUGGGUCUUUCUACUUUGCUACGAGGGACCAUACAAGAAAAGUUAAACUGGGCUUUUAAUUUAUAUGAUAUUAAUAAAGAUGGGUAUAUAACUAAAGAGGAAAUGCUUGACAUAAUGAAAGCAAUUUAUGAUAUGAUGGGAAAAUACACUUACCCCGUAGUUAGGGAAGAAACACCAAAACAACACGUGGAAACAUUUUUUCAGAAAAUGGAUAUAAAUAAAGAUGGAGUGGUGACAAUAGAUGAAUUCAUAGAGAGCUGCCAAAAAGAUGAAAAUAUUAUGUGCUCUAUGCAGCUGUUUGAAAAUGUGAUUUAGCACAUCUGCACAAGCAAUGAAGAACUUACAUUUUAUCUAUUUUGGACAAUAAUUUGAAGCUGCAAUUUCCAUCUUACCAUAAAUAGACUGUUCAGCUUUCUACAGUCAUAUAUUAUGCAAACUAGCUUUUUUAUGAUGCCUUUUUAAAAAUCAGGUUUAGUGUUGCUUUCCAAAUUUUUAUUUUAUUUUAAUUUUUUAUUUAAUACUGCCUAGCUCUAUUUUAUUUUAGUUUUAGUUUUAGUUUUUUUAUCUAAUACUGCCUAGCUCUAUUUGUUUUUGUUUUUUUUUGGGGGGGGUUGCAUUUGACUUUGACAAAUAGUUUGUCAUAAUCAUAAUGAUAUUGUUUGUGCAACAUUGUCAAAUCUACUGAUGUUCCUUUAUUAUACAUGAAAUGAUGAAUGAAAUUUAUUGCUCUGUUAAUUUGUCUGAUUUCAUCUCCUCUUCCAUGAGGCAAAUAAAUCCAAAGGCAGUAAA